GUCAUGACGUAUUCAUACGUACUGAUGGUCCGAAAAGUUACGCAGGGCGUGCAGCGGUUCAAAGAGGAAGGAAGAUGGCGGAUAACAAAGGCGAGGAGGAUAUGGAACAGUCUGCUAAUUCGGACUCGGUGCCCUCAACGAAAGAUAACGAGCAGCCAGAGACGACAGCUGGAAAUGCGGUAAUAGUCAUAGAAUCGACCACGGAGGGUGGUGAAGAAACAGAGUCCCACGAUAACGCCAACGAGACACCGACACCCACCAUCGACGGCGGAGACGGCAGCGACGGCGGGGCUGUCGCUGCUCCUGCUGCUGUUGAUGCUGCUGCUGCUGCUACUGUUGCAGUUGUGGAAGUCGAUGUUAGCGUUAGCAACGCCGUCAGCCCAACUGCGACCAACAGCGCCAAUGCAGAAGAGCCAACGGCGGCUGAAACCAUGGCCACCGUUGCCGCUGCCGAGGCUCCGGUCGGCGGACUAACCACUGAAAUGUCCCCCCCACCGACGGUUCCGGCGGCCGCCCCGGUACCCGCUCCCAUCAAUUUUUUUGAUACGUGCGCAGUUUGUAAACAAAGUCUCCAGAGCCGAGACUGUGAACCCAAACUUCUGCCUUGCCUGCACUCCUUUUGCCUCAAAUGUAUCCCGCAACCAGACAGGCAGAUCAGCGUGCAGGUACCUGGACCGCACGGGCAGACUGACACGCACAUCGUAAAUGUUAUGCGCUGUUCGGUGUGCCACCAGGACUACAAACAGAGCGACAUCAUUGACAACUACUUUGUCAAAGAUACCACAGAGGCUACCAGUGCGUCGGAUAAUAAGGCUGCACAGGUAUGCACAAGCUGUGAGGACAACGCAGGAACCAUCGGCUUUUGUGUGGAGUGCGGAGAAUGGCUGUGUAAGACCUGCGUGGAGGCCCACCAGAGGGUCAAAAUAACCAAGGACCACAAGAUCCACACAAAGGAGGACGCUGACGCUGCCUCCGAGGCUGUUGCUACGCCAGGACAGAGGCCUGUUUUCUGUCCCAUCCACAAGCAGGAGCCACUGAAGCUUUUCUGCGAGACUUGCGACACCUUGACCUGUAGGGACUGCCAGCUGCUGGAGCACAAGGAGCACAGGUACCAGUUCCUAGAGGAGGCUUUCCAGAACCAGAAAGGCAUCAUUGAGACCAGCGUGGCCAAACUGCAGGAAAAGAAGAACUAUGUCCAUUACUCUGUCUCUCAGGUGCAAAGCAGGUUAAAAGAGCUAAAUGAGACGCACAAGAAGGUGGAGCACGAGAUCAAAAUCGCAGUAUUUACUCUUAUUAACGAGAUCAACAAGAAGGGCAAGUCCCUGCUGCAGCAGUUAGAGAGUGUGACCAAAGAGCGCAGUUUGAGGCUUGUGUCUCAGCACAAGGACACCACCCAGCUGGCCCAACAGAUCCACCAUGUGCUCGGCUUCUGCCAGUGGGCCAUCUCUACGGGCAGCAGCACGGCGCUGCUCUACAGCAAGAGGCUGAUUCUGUUCCAGCUCCGCCAGCUCUUCAAGGCUAGACUGGAGCCAGCGCCCCAGGCCAACGGAGUUGUACGCUUCUUCUGUGACCCCACCUUCUGGGCCAAAAACGUAGUGAAUCUAGGUAAUUUGGUUAUCGAGAAGCCACCGCCACCUGUGCAACAGCCCGGCGUGAUGAUUGGAGGACCACCAAUUUCUCCAGGCCAAGGUCACCACGGCAAACACCCAGGACAGAUCAACCUGGCCCAGCUCCGGCUGCAGCACAUGCAGCAGCAGGCAGCCUAUGCACAGCAGAAGCACCCACACCCGCACCCACACCAGCACCAGCACCAGCACCCGCACCAACAGCAACAGCAGCAGCAGCAGCAGCAGCAACAACAACAACAACAACAACAGCAACAACAACAGCAGCAACAUCAACAACACCAACAACAGCAGCAGCAACACCAACAACAACAGCAGCAGAUCCAGCAACAGAUGCGCAUCGCCUCCCAAAUGUCCCAGCAGCAUGCCAGACAGGCCGGGCAACCCAUGGGUCCGCAGCAGCCUCCAAGGCUCAUCAGUAUGCAGCAGCUACCGAGAGGGCCUGGGGGUAUGAAUGGUGGGCCAGGUCCCCCCAUGUACCCCUCCUCCCACCAUAUGCGUCUCCCGGGUCCACCGCAGAGCCGAAUGCCCACAGCUCAGCCGAGACUUAACGGGCAGCAGUAUCCUGCCAUGAUGCAACCUCAGCUACAGAGACAGAUGUCUAUAGAAUCUGAGAUGAGCCACCAAAGGUUUCGUUUCUUACUACAAUCAGGGCAUUCCAACCCAGGCCAUGCAGGCCCUUUCCCGGUGGCAUCCCUUCAUAAUGCCAACCCCACAAGUCCGACCAGUGCCAGUAUGGCAGGUGCACAUGCUCACCGCGGCCCUGCCAGCCCCAUCAUAGGUCCCAUCGAGCUCAUCCCCUCCGUCACCAAUCCUGAGAACCUGCCCUGCCUACCUGAGAUCCCGCCCAUUCAGCUGGAGGAUGCCGGUUCCAGCAACCUUGGACACCUCCUGUCUCGCUACAUCACAGCCAGCACGCAGCAUCUUCUUGGCUCCGUGGACAUGAACCCCUCACCUGGACUGUCCACACACUCGCCUGGAUCUUCAGGUUUGUCGAAUGCCCACACACCAGCACGACCUUCUAGCACGUCCAGCACGGGUAGCAGGGGCAGCUCUAGCUCUGCGGGGAGGGCGGGACCUGGAGGUGGAGCUUUGGUGGAGCAGGUGAGGGUGAAGCAAGAGCCUGGUACAGAUGACAGCUACAGCUGUCCGGCCUCUUCUCUGAAGAUGGAGCGGGACAAAGAUUCUGGGAGGAGUGCCUGCAUGAUGAGCAGUCUGGAGAACAGCCCCCUUCCUGUAUUGGGAGUUGUAUCUGCUGGUCUAGACGCUCUCAAGGCUUUAGGGGAGCACAUCAAAACAGAACCCCAAUCCGAAACUUCUUGUUUUGGACUCAAUGGCUCCAAUGCCGCCGCCACCUCUUCGAAUGCCACUAUGACCUCCACUACCUCAUUACCCUCUGGGAACGGCAGCAGCACGGCAGACACUCCCCUCACUAAUGGAAACUCCAACCAAGGGACUAACACCAAAGGUGGGAAAGAGGACGACCCAAAUGAAGACUGGUGUGCCGUGUGUAUCAACGGCGGUGACCUGCUAUGCUGCGACCGCUGCCCUAAGGUGUUCCACAUGAAAUGCCAUGUGCCCACCAUAAAGAUCUUCCCAACGGGUGACUUUCUUUGCACGUUUUGUCGGAGUCUGACCACCCCCGAGAUAGAGUUCUGUGACGACAGCAAGAAAGUCAAAGGAGAGCAGGACCUGAGUCCAGAGGACCAAAGGAAAUGUGAACGCCUCCUGCUGCACAUCUUCUGUCAUGAGCUCAGCGUGGGCUUCAGGGAACCUGUUCUUAGCUCUGUGCCGAACUACUACAAGAUUAUCAAGCAGCCCAUGGACCUGAAGAAGGUGAAGAGGAGGCUGCAGUUACGAAGCUCCCAGUACUACCACGCCAUCCAGGAGUUUGUGUCCGAUAUGCGUCUGAUCUUCACAAACUGUGCAAAUUACAAUGAGAUGUCUCGAAUAAUCCAGGUUUAUGAUGAGGAGAAACAGAUUAAUACGCAGGUGGGAUCAGAGAUGGCGAUAUCUGGCAAGGCCGUAAGCCUCUACUUUGAGGAGAAGUUGCAGGAGAUGUUCCCAGGGCAGAGCUUCCCCGAAACGCCGGAAACUGAGUGCCCGGAAACGAAGGAGAGGAUGGACGACGGCGAAACGGACGACUCCGAGGACGACUUCAUACAGCCCAGACGCAAACGGUUAAAAACUGACGAGAAAGUGCUCCACAUCAAGUGAGGACCCUUCGCGAAAGGAAACGAGAGAAGUGGAAAAGAAACUGUUUUCCUCACGUCUCCACACUUUGUUUGAGGCAGCGGACAGAAUGAAAAAGACAAUAUUCACUGUACAAAAUGCUUUUGGGUUGUCUCAUCCUCGCCUCGAAAAGAAUUACCGUGGACUCCAUUAGACAUCUGCCUUCAACAGAACUCUCGAGGCCAGAAACGUAGGAGAGCUGCAUUUCCUCCUUAUUUCACGGACACUCAAAGAACCUGCCUGUACAGAUUUGUUUUGAAGUAGGACUUGUUUUGCAGUAGUUAAGUUAAUGAGUGCUCAGUUUCUUUUUCUAUCAUCAUUUUUUUUUUUUUUUUUUUUUAAUUUGUAGAUUUGUUGUGACAGUUGCUUUAUAAACCAUUCAAUUCCUCGGUUCGCAGUUCUUAAUGUAUUAUAUCUAUACUUUGACAUGAAACCAAGUAUUUGUAUUACUUUGUGGAAGCGUUGUGUAAAUAAGAGAAUCUAGCCCACUGAAGGUAUUCCUACGGUAAUAGAUGUUUGGUUGCUUCAUCAAUAAAAAUACCUGUUCUUGGAAAUAUACCAGAAAA